CGUCGCCGGUGGGUGGCCGCCUGGGCCGGGCGCGGAGCGAGGGGGGCAGGGUUACCGCGGCCCGGGCCUUAGUCCCGCCCUCGCAGGAGGCGGGAGAGGAAACCGAGCCUAGCGGCGGGCUGGGCCCCGCAGCAGCUCCCGCCGGCCGGCUUCGUCCUGCGCUCCCCGCUCCAGGCGGCCGGUCUCGGCCGCGCCCAAGCCCCGCCAUGCGGCCCCCGGGGCUCUGCGGGGCCGCGCCGCUUGCCGCGGCCGCUCUCCUGGUGCUGGGGGCUCCCCUGGCGCUGGCCCGCGAGGACUGCCUGUGGUACCUGGACCGGAACGGCUCCUGGCAUCCAGGCUUCAACUGCGAGUUCUUCACCUUCUGCUGCGGGACCUGCUACCAGCGCUACUGCUGCAGAGACCUGACCUUGCUCAUCACCGAGAGGCAGCAGAAGCACUGCCUGGCCUUCAGUCCCAAGACCAUAGCAGGCAUCGCCUCGGCCGUGAUCCUCUUCGUGGCGGUGGUGGCCACCACCAUCUGCUGCUUCCUGUGCUCCUGCUGCUACCUGUACCGCCGGCGCCAGCAUCUGCAGAGCCCCUUCGAAGCCUGCAACCGCAGAGACGAGAACGAGCCGGGGCCGUGUGUGAACAGCGGGCGCCAGGAGAUUCCAAUGACAGGCAUCCCAGUGCAGCCAGUGUACCCAUACCCCCAGGACCCCAAAGCUGGCCCCGCACCCCCACAGCCUGGCUACAUGUACCCUCCUAGUGGUCCUGCUCCCCAGUAUCCACUCUACCCAGCUGGGCCCCCUAUCUACAACCCUGCAGCUCCUCCCCCCUAUAUGCCACCACAGCCCUCCUACCCAGGAGCCUGAGGAACCAGCUGUGUCUCUGCUGCCCCUUCAGUGAUGCCCCUCUCCUGUAUCUGCAUCUGGCCCUGGGGGUGGGCAAGGGUCCUCUACUCAGCAGGCCCCAGACCAAGCCAAGCCCUGGGUCCUACUGGUGAUGGAGCCCCAGGGAUGUAGAUCAGGAGCUGAGCUGGAACUUGGCCGUGAAUGAGGGGUGGGUGGGGAGGGCUUGGGGUCAGUGGACUAUUUUUACGUGGGACAAGAGAAGUACAUGAAAGCCUGGGUCAAAGCCCCUGCUUUCUCAGAGUCCCGCGACUUCCAAGAUCCCAGCCAGGAACGCUGGGGCCCGCCCUGUUUGCUCACUGUGGGCUCCAUCAGUAGUGGGCGGAAGCCCUGCUCCCGGCCGCCACACCGGCCAGGGCUCCAACUGCUGGAUUAAAGCUGUAAAGCUGUAA